CGUGCGUUCACUUGCCGGCGUUGCCUCGCCGCGAAUGUACUGAUUCAGAUUGGCGCGCGCUCUCGUCUAACACGUCACUCAAUCGCCUAGUUUUCUGUGAUGAUCCUGUGUACAACAAAGCUGUAAAAAGCUCUGAUCACCCCAUUUAACGAAAACAGCAGUGGUAUACCUAACUAAUAUCUGCCAGAAAAUCGACGUCUAACGUCCCAUAGAAAGGCAUGAAAAUGGCUCUCCAAAUGAACUUUCCGUGUUUACUGUGCUGUAUAAUGGUUCUAAACGUCCUAACAUGGACCAAAGCAGAACUCUUUACGGCCAUAUCAGAGGUAGAACCCUUGUUGGCGACUCACAAGAGGAUAAUAGACGAUCUAGAUGACUACAUCGCCAAAGAAGAGGAACGACUGAUUACUUUAAAGAAGCAUUUAAAUAUUUACAAAAGGGAGCACGAAAAGGCGAUGGAUGACAUUCCGAACUAUUUGGGGAACCCCAUCAACGCCUUCACGCUUAUAAAAAGACUGACCACAGACCUAGACCUAAUAGAACAGAGUAUCAAAAUUGGAACAGAAUACAUCAAAAACGUCACGAUGAACCAUGACGACGUGAAGUACCCAGCCUUGGAAGACCUGACGGGCGCGGCGCAGGCGCUCACCAGGCUGCAAGAGACCUAUCACCUUGAUGUCCAUGAGCUGUCCGAGGGUAUGCUGAACGGAGUCAUUUACAGCACUCCAAUGACGGCGGGCGAUUGCUACGAGUUGGGGCGAGCCCUUUACAAUGAGAAAGACUUCAAAAAUGCUUUGGCGUGGAUGAUGGAGACGCUGCGAAAAUACAAAGCGGAGGAGGAGAACUAUUACUUCAGCGAAAUCGAUGUACUCGAGUACAUUAGCUUCUCGCAUUAUUUGUUAGGCGACGUCAGAGUCGCCUUAGAGUGGACCAAGAAGCUUCUGGAGCUGGACCCGAAACAUCCACGAGCUCCUGGGAACAUCCCGCACUACCAAAAGACGAUCGCCGAGCAAGAGGCGAAAAAGUUGCUGCGACUACGUGGGGACUUAGGAGAUGAUUCAGAAACCCAGAAGGAAACGAUGUCAGAAGAAUUAUCAGAAUACCACAAAGAGAGAACGAGUUACGAAAUCCUUUGCCGCGGGGAAAUGGAUAUUCCUACAGAAAUAGCCAAAAGGUUACAUUGCCGCUACCUCACGGAGAACCACCCCUUCCUGCGUCUAGCGCCUAUCAAGACAGAAUACAUGUAUUUCAACCCCGACGUAGUUAUAUUUCAUGACGUCAUGAGCGAUGACGAAAUACACUUCAUACAAGAGGCUGCUAAACCAAGGUUCAAGCGAGCCGUGGUCCACGAUCCGAAAACCGGCGAGCUAGUCCCCGCUAACUACCGCAUCAGCAAGUCGGCGUGGCUUCGCGACGAGGAGUCGGCGGUUAUUGAACGUGUGUCGCAGCGCGUGGCCGACAUGACCGGCCUUAGCAUGGACACGGCUGAGGACCUGCAGGUGGUCAACUACGGCAUCGGAGGUCAUUAUGAGCCACACUACGACUUUGCUAGAAAACAAGAAAACGCCUUCAAGAAAUUCAGCGGCAACAGAAUCGCGACAGUGUUGUUUUACAUGUCAGACGUGGCGCAAGGCGGUGCGACGGUGUUCACUAAGCUGGGGCUUAGUUUGUUCCCCGAGAAAGGCGCGGCGGCGUUCUGGCUAAACCUACACCCGUCCGGCGAGGGAGACCUGGCCACGCGACACGCCGCCUGCCCGGUGCUGCGAGGUUCCAAGUGGGUGUCAAACAAAUGGCUUCACCAAGGCGGGCAGGAGUUGUUGAAGCCUUGCAACUUGGAGUACCAAGACGAGAGUAUGACCCGCAAGAUCCCCAAACCUGUUCCCAAGACCUCCAGAUAGAGGGCUCCACCACCAAACAUAGUGAAAUUUGAAGCGCUAAGGUAAAUGUGUUCAACUUUUGUCGAUGCGAAGACGAAUCGCGAAGUUUUUUGUCUUUAUAUCGUCACCACAACUCUAGUUGUAAGAAAGACAAAGACUGUGAGGCAAUCGUUCAUUCAUCAUCAGUCACAAAUGUCACUGUCAAUGUGAAAUAUU